AACCUCCGAGCACGGCGGCUGGUGGAGGCAGCGGGUGGCUGGUGGAGGCAGCAGCGCCGGUACAUGUCCACGUCGAGCGGUGUGGUGGAGGUGGUGGUGUCGUCCACGACGGUUUACCGAGUUUCCGCUGACCGCCGCGAUGUCGGAGUUCCUGGUGAGUCUGCUCGGGGAGCGGCUCGUCGGCGGCGACAAAGCCGAGGUGGACGUGCUGUCGCUGGGCGCCGGUUUGUCGCUGGUCGGGCUCUUCUUCGGCUGCAGCCUGAACGCACCGUGCAAGCAGUUCAACGGCAGUCUGUGCGAGUUCUACGCCAGCUUCAAAAAGACGUCCGAGCACAAAGACAAAAUGGAAAUCGUCUUCAUCUCGUCGGACCAGGACCAGAAACACUGGCAGGAGUUUUUACAGGAGAUGCCGUGGCCUGCCUUACCGCUCAAAGACCGGCACAAAAAGAUGAAGCUGUGGAACAAGUACAAGGUAACCAGUAUCCCUUCCCUGGUGUUUGUGGAUGCGGCUACGGGGAAGGUGGUGUGUCGAAAUGGUUUACUGGUGGUCAGAGAUGAUCCCAAAGGUCUGGAGUUCCCCUGGGGGCCGAAGCCAUUUGCAGAGGUGGUGGCGGGGCCGCUGCUCAGAAACAACAGACAGACCACAGACAGCAGCUCGCUGGACGGACACUACGUGGGCGUGUACUUCUCAGCACACUGGUGCCCUCCAUGUCGCAGUUUGACCAGAGUGUUGGUGGAAUCCUAUCGAACCAUCAAAGAGUCCGGCCGCAAGUUUGAAAUCGUGUUUGUCAGCGCUGACAGGUCGGAGGAAUCCUUUAAGCAGUACUUCAGUGAGAUGCCGUGGUUGGCAGUGCCGUAUUCAGAUGAGACUCGGCGAUCACGACUCAACAGGCUCUAUGGAAUACAAGGUAUUCCAACCUUGAUUUUGUUGGACACAGAAGGUCACAUGAUCACGCGACAGGGCCGUGUGGAGGUGCUGAAUGACCCAGAGUGCCGACUCUUUCCCUGGCACCCUCGACCUGUGCUGGAACUCAAUGAAUCCAACGCUGUGCAGCUGCAUGAGGGGCCCUGCCUCGUACUGUUUGUGGAUGCAGAGGAAGAAGGAGAGUUGGAGCCAGCCAAGGAGCUAAUUCAGCCAAUUGCAGAGAAGCUCAUGGCCAAGUAUAAGGCCAAGGAGGAGGAGACGCCGCUGCUUUUCUUUGUGGCUGGAGAGGACGACAUGAGUGACUCCCUGCGGGACUACACCAACCUCCCCGAAGCGGCGCCUCUGUUGACCAUCCUGGACAUGUCCGCCCGGGCCAAAUACGUUCGCGACGUGGAGGAGAUCACACCGGCUGUGGUAGAGCAGUUUGUCAACGACUUCCUGGCUGAGAAGCUCAAACCAGAGCCCAUCUAAGGAAGGAGGACGUCUCCGUGGACCAUGUCUCCCGUGGACCCCCUGACCCGUCACACUCCUCAGACUGUUAAAUGUUUCACUUUUUACUGAUGUUUAAAUGUUUUUGUUUUUUUAGACUCCUCUGCUCCUCCUGUGGUGCCUUGCAUUAACUAUAGUCCUUAUAGUAAUAUAUGGAGAUCGAGUUUUUUGGAGUAUUUGUAUUUUCUUUACCACUUAACAGCAUUUUCUGAAUUCCUGACAUCGACUCUAUGGACCUACAUCCUCUGCUGAUAUUUUGCUUUUUUUGACGCAUUGAGAAAGAAUAGUAUCAUUUUUAAAGGUUAGAACUUCACAUGAACACUUGUGUCAGCUAGGUGGCGCCGCGCACCUUUAUGGCCCUAUUUAAGCAAUGACAAGCACAUGCAGUGAAAAUCACAGGGUUUUUUUUUUUUUGCUUCAGUUGAAUGAUUGUUAGUCUCGUGUGUCAUGUAUGUAAAAAUGUCAUCUCCAGCCAGUUAACGGUGGGUGUCAUCUCAAGUCAUUACGAGGAUUUUCUGUGAAGGUCCCCAAAUGAAAAGGCUAGACUUAUUUUCCCUUUCCAAGGCACAAAAUUUUUUUUUUUCUUCUCUUUUGUUCCCAUUUUUUUUGUAUUGAAUGUAUAAAUCUUAAUAUUCUGUACAAGUCACAAAGUCUCACAUCCAUUAAAAACUCACUGGUAAAGCAGCGG